AUCUAGUAUGCCAUGAUUAAUUUUUAAAUCAACACUACUAAAUUUUUUGUGUUUUUUAAAAUAAAUAUGUUAAGGUUUCCAUACAGUAAAUAUUGCAUCCGACGAAUAUCAGAAUUUCGGAAUCAUCCCACAGACUGUGCCUAUGUUAAGCCUAGAAAACUAUUUGAUCCUAAAAUUUGUGCUGUACGAGACAAGGGGCUUGUUCUUGGUGUUUAUUAUAAUGAAAACGUUCAAGGAGAAGCAGCUAUAUUAACAGCAAGUGCUCAAAAAUAUGAUAGUGAAACAAAGGGAAAACUAUGGAAACAACUUAAAUUAACACCGAUACCGAGAUUAGGUGAUUAUAGAAUAUUCUAUGACUUAGAUCCAGUUUAUGCUUAUGUUGCUGUAGCUGGAUUAGGAACUGAAUGUUUAGCAUUUAAUAACAUUGAAAACCUAGAUGAAAGAAAAGAAGCAAUUCGAGUGGCCGCGGGAGUUGGUUCUAAUGCUCUUUUACAGUUUAAGCCAUCAGAAAUUCACGUAGAGUCGUUUGGAAACGCCGAAGCAGCAGCAGAAGGCUCUAAUCUAGCAGUGUGGAAGUUUCAAGAAUAUAAAUCGCCUAAACAUCAACAAGUUGUACCUAAAUGUAAUGUAGAAUUAUUUGACGACUGUGACUUUUUUGGUUGGAAUGUUGGAAAAGUAAAAGCGGAAUCACAAAAUUUAGCUAGGUACCUUCAAGAGAUGCCACCUAAUAUAUUAACGCCAACAUCAUUUGCUAAAUUAGCUGUGGAUUUAUUAUGCGAAUUAGAUAUUAAUGUAGAUGUAAAAACAAAAGGUUGGGCUGCAAGUCACGAAAUGGGUGGGUUUGUUGCUAUAGGCAAGUCUUCCAUUCAACCUCCACUAUACGUUGAAAUAAGUUACUAUGGCGCCCAUGAGUGCAGUCGGCCAAUAGUUUUGAUUGGAAAAGGAGUUACCUUUGAUAGCGGAAGCCUAGAUCUAAAGCCUCGAAAAGAUUUACAAUUUAUGAAAGGAGAUAUGGCUGGAGCUGCCUGUGUUCUUGCAAUUACAAGAGCAGCUGCGUUGUUAAAGUUACCUAUCAAUAUUCGAGGGAUUUUGCCGUUGUGUGAAUUAAUGCCUAAUGGAAAAAGUCCAAAAUUUGGCGAUGUAGUAUAUUGUGCGAACGGAAAAUCAAUUCAUAUACGACUUCCAUCUCGGGAAGGUCGUCUAUUAGUUGCGGAUAGUCUGGUAUACGCCAGAAAUUACUGGCCUAAAUUUGUUAUAGAUAUCGGUACAAUGUCAAAAGAGUUGGUGUACACAUUAGGAGGAGCUGCGUGCGGUUGCUAUUCAAACUCGGAAGAGCUUUACAAGUAUAUUGAGAACGCAAGUAGUCAAACAGGAGAUAGAAUUUGGCGUAUGCCUUUAUGGAAAUUUUAUGAAGAACGUAUAAAGGACUGCGACAUGGCAGAUGUAGCCAACACAGCUCGGCACAUCUAUGGUGAUUCACCUAAUUGUGCUGCGUUCUUAAAACAAUUUAUUUGCGAUGGCAAAUGGGUACAUUUAGAUACAUACAAUGUGGCCUUUACUAAAGGUUAUGACUUUCCCUAUCUUAACCGAGGCAUGACCGGACGUCCGACUCGCACUGUCAUAGAGCUCAUUUAUCAAAUGUUGUCCGAUUCUAAGUUAUAAUUACAAAACUUUUGUAUGCACGUCAUUAAAAUGUUAUUGUUAAUGAAUAAAUCCGAACAUUGAAAAUCCU